AUGAAUAUUAUCUCUGUCCCUGUAGUAAAUGUAGCAUUGAAAGGAGUGGCCACCCAGUCAUCAAUAUAUUUGAAUGGCAAUGCUCCAAAUGCCAUUGAUGGAAACAGAGAAUCAGAUGGUUACAAAGGAUCUUGCACACACACUGCAUAUGACACCAACCCCUGGUGGAGAGUGGACCUGCUGGAUGUGUACAGAGUGACAGCUGUCAACAUCACCAACAGAGGAGACUGCUGUCAUGAGAGGCUUAAUGGUACUGAGAUCCGCAUCGGUAACUCACUGGAGAACAACGGCAUCAACAACCCCAGAUGUUUUGUCAUAUCCCUCAUCCAAGCAGGAAAGACCAAAACUGUCCAGUGUAAUGAGAUGGAGGGUCGCUACGUUGUUGCGGUCAUCCCUGGCAGGUCAGAAUGGCUCAGUCUGUGUGAGGUGGAAGUAUAUGGCACUCCUAGAGAACCAAUCACGCCUCUCCCCUCCACUCCUCCUACCACCACCACUAUCCCCCAAUCUUCUCUCACCUCUUCCUCAACAUCCCUCACAUCAACCCCUCCCCCCUCCACUAAAUCUCCCGCUUCCACCCCUCUCCCCUCCACUCCACCUCCCACCACCACUAUCCCCCCUUCUUCUCCCCCCUUUUCCCCAACAUACCCCUCCUCCUCUCAAUCUCCCACCAUGACUUUUCUCACCUUUUCUCCAACAUACCCCUCCUCUCAAUCUCCCACCUCCACCAGUGCUUCUACCCUUCUCCUCUCCACUUCCACUCCACCUCCUCCUUCCACCAGUGUCACCUUCUUGAGGAGGAAGGUGAUGGUGGUGAGGGAGAAGCUGUGCUGGUCCGAUGCUCUGUUCUACUGCAGAGACCACGACUGGGACCUGGUCAGUGUUCGCAACGAGAAAGAACAGAGGGAGCUGGAGAAACUAGUGAAUGACAGUAACCUCAUCACCCCCCUAACCUCCCAUCUGUGGCUGAGCCUGCGCAGGUACAUCCUGGGAGACACGUGGUACUGGAUGACCGGAGACCAUAUGAAUUACACCCACUGGGUGAACGGUGUCCCCCCUAGGAAGGACAUCUCCAACCCCUGUGGAGCGAUGACCAACGGGGCCAAUGGAGGGAACUUCCUCUGGGCGGAGCGGCUCUGUGAUGACCAUUACAACUUCCUCUGUUACUCAGGCCCUGAAGCAGGAGUCAACAGAGUGUAUUUCUACAGCAGCAGACGGCCAUAG